AUGUCGUCGUUUAAAAUCAAAGUACCGGGGAGAAAGCAGCAAGUGGGGCCCUCAUCCGAGAAGCCGGAACUAUUGCCACCACCGCCGACCACUGCCCCUAGGAAGAAGCGCAGAGUCAUCAGCGACGACGAGGACGACGGAGAGCUCUCUGAGCCACCUGAAAGUGAAGAGGAGACACACGAAGCACACGAACACCAAGAACCAGGACCUUCCAAACAAAGACGCCGAAGGCCCAGUAUGUACCAAAACGAAGCGCCAGAUCCAGAUAAACUCUUCGAAGACGACAUGGAUUUGGAUAUAGUCAACACUGGAUUCUCAAACGAAGACAGUCACCCGGUCGACACUGAACGUGCACCAACGCCAACUCCUGGUCUUUCACGCAAACGAAAUAAGAAGAAAUCAACUGUACUAUCGGACGAGGACGAGGAUUACAUGGAUGCUGGGAGGAAGCAAAGUGAUAAUGAAGAUGAUGACUUUGUCGUUGACUCGCCGCGGCGUAAGGGCGGACGGAAGGGUGGUACGGGAGGUGGGAGAGGCCGAGGCAAAGGUAUGAAGGAGAAAGGAGGUGGAAUCGGUGAGACACAGGUCAAAGAUGAGCGGAAGGUUACUGCGUCUUCGACCUCCGGAGGUGGUGAGAUAAAGGCAGGCGUCAAGAGAAGACGAGAAACGAUUUCCGAACUAAACGUCGACAGCUCCUCUACUGAGGUAAAAUCUACUGUUACAGUUGCAGAACAAUCUUCCACCGCCCCCGCUGACACGCCAGCAAUGAAGCAACAACAAGAAGGUAGUACGCCAGCACAGCCUACUUCAGCUUCAAAAGUCCGCAAACUACCACCAAUUAAGAAAAACAAGGCACUCGGCGGCGCUGCCGGAACCUCCACCGCACCGUCCUCGGGUCCUUCCACUCCCGCGGGUGCAGGUACCGCAGCGACCGCUGCUGCGAAAUCAAACAUCACGGGUGGAACAUCGACACCGGGCGGUUUACCCAUUCACACGUCUUUACCACGUAAACCCGUGCAGAAAACAGCCGACGUGGACCUAUCAAGUCCAGAUAUCUAUAACAGUUUAUUCAAGAGUGGGUCAUCUUCUGCUCCAAGGGUCGGAGUGAACUCAAGAGUGAAAGAGGAAGAACGACGGAAAGAGCUAAUGAAAAUGCGAGACGAUGCACGAGCGGUGCGUAUGGUGCAAUUACAGAAAAACCAAUUCGACCUCCUAGCAGGCCAAGACAAAGUCGCACUCUUCGACGCAAAGCUUCACGAACGGAACAGUCCAGCUCGGUAUCCUAAUCGACUUGGAGAAGUUAUGAAGAUAUGUUGUCAGAAGUGGGAUGCGGGGUGUACGGUGAAUAGAGGUGAGAGUGGAGGAGGGCGGUUUAAACGGGAUGGGAAUGGGGCAAUGGUGCCGACUGAUAGCAUUUGGUGAACGGAUGGAUGGGUUUUUGUUUGCGAUUCGUGGUUGUACUUUAAUCUGUCGUCCCUGUUUUAUGACGCGCUGCGUUGGACCUAACAAUCAUAGUGAUUUGAUAAUGUAAUUUCAUCUUCUUUCAAACCAUUUCAAACCAUUCAAGCAUUUACACACCUACUGUAUAUCACUACCACCCUGUUCAUCUAGAUCAUGUCAUGCAUCAUACAACCAUCCAACCAGCAAUGUGUGGAAGAUGCACCUGUAUUUCACUUGUUGUAAAGCCA